AUUGCACCACAAGUCUUUGGCCAAAUCUCCUCUUUAUAAACAAACAACUACACUAACUCGUAGUCCUCUCCCCUCUUCUCUCAUUUUUGCUCAAGCAUAAGAAAAGAAUAAAAGAAAAUAAAAGCUCGUUUCUCAAACGAAUUUUCUUGGUUCAGUUUUUUUUUUCUUACUCGUUUUGUAAUUGCCGUAAUUAUUCUUGUUUUUAGUUUUCUUUCAAGUUUCAACUAUGGCCACGCAAAUGUUUCAUUUGGCUGGGACUGAAGACUACGCCAAUGAGCCCCACUUUCUUGAAGCUUGUUACCUUUGCAGAAAGCCACUUGGAUAUAACUCAGACAUUUUUAUGUACAGGGGAAAUACUCCAUUCUGUAGCAAAGAAUGCAGACAAGAGCAAAUAGAGUUUGAUGAAGCAAAGGAAAAAAGCUGGAAAAUGAGUAGCAGAUCUCUUAGAAAAUCAGAGACCAAUAAGGAUUCAACUCCCAGUAAAACCUCAAGGACUGGCACUGUUUCUGUAGCCUGAUGAUCUAUACAAACUGUGUAUUUAACAAUAACAAUCUUUGAGCUUUUGGAGGAAAAGUAAAGAAAAAAAAAAAAGAAAUUUUCCCAUGUUGAAAAUGGUCAUUUUGGGUCAUUGGGAUUAAAGGGUGUUGAUCAGUCUGUGAUCUGUAAAGGAGUGUGGAAGGUUUGUAUGGGGCAGACUUAAAAUUUUGAUUUUUAAUCUUUGUUUUUAUUUUGGGUUGGUAUGGAUAGAUCCAUGUUUAUAGAAAGAGAUCUUGGGGGGUUUUGUAUAAUCUUGUAAGAAUGUUUUUCAGUUUACUAUCUGAAAUGAAAUUUUGAGGCAUUUUAAGUCAAGUUCCAUAAAGAGACUUGAUUUAUUUCAUGGUAA